AUGCAGAUCAGUCUAUCUGAACGAGCGGAACGUUAUUUUCCCGAUUCAGAUUUGACUGGAAACCAAACCGACCCAAGGCAACCACAACCCCAAAUCAAACAGCCAGAUUGUCUGACUAAGUCUAUUGUUUCCUGUGGUGUCAUUGACAAUAAUGGCGAACUAGAUCCUCAGUCGGCCAAUGUCGAAGUUAAUGGAAACCUUCUUUAUCAUGACCAACUACAUCUCAUCGUUAAUACAUCAUCUUCCAAACACAAUAUAUCAUUAACCCGAGUACAAGAUGAAGUGAUGCCCGAUAAUGUCCAAAGUUUUCUAGUGUAUGAUAACAGAAAGGGUAAAACAGAAAUCCAUACCAGUAGACUGACGAGUGAUGUACUCAAGUAUAAAGGGCAGUUUUUUCAUAAUUUAGAUACUGGGAGCAUAGUUAGCAUUAUUCCUUCAAAUACACGUCAAAUACACGUGGAAGGGUUUUUAUAUCACGGAAUAAUAAUAGCACCACCAGGAGCUGCAGAUAGACAUAAACGUGAUUUACACAUUUCAAAACAUACCGUAUGGCGGGAUGAUGACAGUGAAAGACAUGUUGAUUAUUUGGAAGUGCCCCCUGAAUUCGCCAAUGAAAAUUUAGUAGAGAAAACGCGAAGACAUAUUGUACAUAAACGAUUCAGUGGUAGAGCUGGUUGGAGAAACAAUGGACGACGAUUUUCAGAAAGGGACAACGAUCGAAGUCAUCGUCAUGAAAAAGAAGACAAAGAUGAGAAGGAAGAAAGAGAAGAUAAACAAACUGAUGAACCCCUAGAUUAUUUAGAAGUUCCAGCGUAUUUUCGUGAUACACAUUCAUUUAAAGCAAGGGCUGCACAUCAGAUAGUGAAACGUCAGGUUAAAGACCGACCGUUCGUUAUUGAAGUCUUUUUAUUGGUAGAUUUUAAAGUAUUCGAAUGGUUUAAAAAAGAUAUUGCUAAACUUGGAACUUAUCUUUUACAUUUUUGGCAAGCGGUCAACUUUAAAUUUAGAACAAUGAAGGAUCCAAAUGUUUCGGUAAAAGUGAAACAGUACGGCGCUGUUCGGUCUGCUAAGUUCCAGUCUUUCAUUGAGGAGAAUCGAAUGAAAAAUGAUACGUCACUAAUUUCAUUAAAAGAAGUGCUUGGGGGUUUUAGAGAAUGGAUGAUAAAAUUUGAAUCAAAUCUUCGCUUUUCAUCGCAUGAUGUUGCUGUUUUGAUGACUGGGUGA